CCCAUCGUACUCCAAAAGUAGAGCCAAACCACCAACAUCGAUCCAACUUGUCAAUAGUCUCGCCCAUUUCCACCACCGGCGUAGACGUAUGCACCUCGAGCAUUCGCAAUCUUGCUCCGGCUCGACUCGUGCCUGUCCACAGGCUGGCUCCCCGGAUACAAGGAGGGCGCGGUCGCGGAAUCGGUCGGUCAGCUUGGAAUCCCACCCACCCACUGACUACGAUAUGCACGCACGCACAGGCACAUCAGGUAGAGACGGAUGGGUGAGUAGGCAAUUCUCUCGGUGCGCGGUGGUUAGUCGACUUCCCAGGGUAGAUGGUGAGUGCAGCAGCGCAAUGCAGCCAAACGGGGCAGUGUGCAUGAAUACCCUGGCCCAUCUGGCGCCGUGGCCACUGCUCUCUCCAGGCCCUUCCCCGUCGUAUGAAUACCUGCCCGCUCCCACCUCCAUCCACCGUCGCAUAACUCCGCCUCGCUUCCGCACCAUGCCCAUCCAGCUGCUGCCAGCCUCGGCUGCCGCCUUUGCGCCCCGCUCCACCGUCAACGUCGUCCUGGCUGGAAAGCCCGAACCAUGGUUAACCCAAACCUUGAAACGCACAAACCGCGUGAAGCGCCCCCUCAACAGCGUCCAGCAGCACACGCGAUGCCUGACCGAAACCCUCUCCGGCCCCAAUGCCAUCUGGUCCCUGUGCUCCAUAAUGGUCCCCAAGGCCCCCGACUCUGAACUGCGCAAGGACGCCAACCCGCUCGUCGAGGCCAUCUUCAACUACCAAGUCAUCCACAUCGAAGCCUACGUGGUCCACGUCGACAUGGUCUCCCAGCAUGAGGUGGCCUUCAAGCUCACCACCGACACCAUCGACGCUCUCACAGAGUACCACAAGGACAUCUACUCGGUCGAUGUCGCCGCUACCACCUGGAACUGGCCCGAAAAGGAUGCCCAGCUGAAGAAGCUUCAGGACCAAUUCGUGCAGGCUGUCAACCGCUACGUGUUCCGCGCCGGUGCCCGUGCACUCGAAGGAAUGGAAGAGGAAGGUGCCGGAGAACUUCUCGAGGGCCGAGGUGAGGACGUCAAGAGUGCCAUCAUGGGACUGUUCCUCCCGCUCCUUCCUCCACCACCGAGAAUCGUCGACGUUGUUCACCCUGCCGCCCAGCUGCUCCCCAGCUCGCCUGGCAACUCCGGAUGGUGGUCACCAUCUGGACAUGUGCUGCAAUCGCAGCCCGCACCAGUCGAGUCUUGGAGGAGCAUUGCAUCCACCCCCAGCCCGACCAUUGCCACCUGCGGUGAGUCGCAGUCGUCCUUUUGGACCACAAUGGGCUUGGAGGCAGUACAACUUCCAUCGCCGACACCAUCCUUCAGCCAACCGUUCAUUACAACGAGUCAGUACUACAGUCCGCCCCAGCCAACCGCCCCCAUCCCCGCUCUUCCGCUACCCAGCAUGCUGGCCCAGCAGUGUGGGUCCAGCGCAAUGCACGGCGGAUACAACAGCGGGUUCGGAUGGGACACUGGAUUUGCAACGCAAUUCGCAGCCUUCACGUAA